GAAGGGUAUCGAGGGUGCCAGACGAGGACGAGGAACGGUCGCACGUGUCAGCAGUGGGAUUCGCAGUCGCCCCACGGGCACUCGAGACGAAACUGCGCCAAGGGCUCGUGCGGGCGCGGGAACAACUACUGCAGAAAUCCUGACGGCGAACCCACGAUCUGGUGCUACACGACGAACAGAAACGUACGCUGGGAGUAUUGCGAUCCGUUACCUCAACCGGUG